AAUGCUGUUCAACUUGUUGCUUUAUUGGCACUCCGUUGUGCCGGAGAACUGGAGAGAGACUGAGUGCUCGGUUUCGUCUUGUGGCCGAACUAGGGUUUGGUUCUGGAGAUGGUGAGAGGGAUGGUGGAGUUACGAAUGAUCGAGAACAAGAUCGACCGUCAGGUGACGUUCGCGAAGCGGAAGAAUGGACUGCUGAGAAAGGCUCACGAGCUGUCCGUGCUCUGCGAUGCCGAGGUGGCCGUCAUCAUCUUCUCCAGCCGCGGCAAGCUCUAUGAGUUCUGCAGCCUUCCAGGUAUGAUGAAAAUACUUGAAAGGUAUAAAAAAUAUAGCUAUGGAGGUUCUGAAAUCAACUUUCAAGUCAAGGAGAAUCAGGGUUUGGUUCUGGAUAUGGUGAGAGGGAUGGUGGAGUUACGAAUGAUCGAGAACAAGUUCGACCGUCAGGUGACGUUCGCUAAGCGGAGGAAUGGACUGCUGAAAAAGGCUCACGAGCUGUCCGUGCUCUGCGAUGCCGAGGUGGCCGUCAUCAUCUUCUCCAGCCGCGGCAAGCUCUAUGAGUUCUGCAGCCUUCCAGGUAUGAUGAAAACACUUGAAAGGUAUCAAAAAUGUAGCUAUGGAGGUUCUGAAAUCAACUUUCAAGUCAAGGAGAAUCAGCUUGUCCAGAGCAGUCGUCAAGAGUAUAUGGAACUUAAAGCUCGUCUUGAGUCUUUACAAAGAUCACAAAGGAACCUUCUCAGCGAGAUUUUGGGAUCAUUGAGCGUUAAGGAGCUUGAUUAUCUUGAGAAACCACUUGAUAUGUCACUGAAGGAAAUUAGAUCUUCAAGGACACAACAGAUGCUGGACCAACUGACUGACCUCCAAAGAAGGGAGCAAGUCCUUUGUGAGGCAAACAAGGAUCUUAGGAGACGGUUGGAAGAAAUCAGCCAUACCAUUCAUGGGGGACACGCUUGGGAAAAUGGUGUUGAUGCCGUAGCUCAACCACAACAACAUUCACACGGUGAUGAUGGCCUGUUCUACCCAUUGGAGUGCCAGCCUGCUCCACAAAUUGGAUUCCAAUCUGAUCAAAUUGUUGGCACCAGUUCGGCGACUGCUACUUUAUGAGUGGAUGGCUUGCAUGAUUCAUAUAUUAGAGAUAAUUAUGGUCUACAAUUAUAAUACUAAGACUUUGACGUUCUUAGUUUUGAUCACGUCCCCAUCCUUAAUUAAUGUGUGUAAUUACUUAAUUAAACUUCCGUAAUCUGAUCGUGACCGUCUAAAUAUAUGUCUAGAUACUCUUAUCUUUGUCUACUUGCAAAAAUAAAGACAAACUUUCAUAA